GUGGUGCCCGACUGGCUUCACGACAUCAUUCUGGGUUAUGGAGAUCCUGGUAGUGCCCAUUACUCAAAGAUGCCCAACCAGAUUCCCUCUCUGGACUUCAACGACACCUUCCUGUCCAUCGAGCACCUGAAGUCCUGUUUCCCCAAUCACACGGUGAAGGUGACCGAGGAAGAUCCCGCUCGACAGGUCCCGCCUUUCAGAAUUCGAUUCCCUGCACAGAAUGCGAAGGGUAAAAAGCGUAAAGCAAAUGAGGAGGAGAAGCCAGAUGAGGAAGAUCUCACGCUGGUGGUGGAGCCUCAUGUGAUUCCCAACAGGGGCCCGUAUCCCUACAACCAGCCCAAGCGAAACACAAUCCAGUUUACAUCAACCCAGAUAGAAGCCAUUCGUGCAGGGAUGCAACCGGGACUUACUAUGAGGAGCUGCGUUUGUGAUGUUUGGUUUUACCAGUGUUUGUGUGGUUUUAGCAGUGAGGCGAUCGUAAACGCAUCUUCUCUUCUGCAGGAGUUCAGGGCGUUUGAGCUGUUGCGCAGCGGACUGGACCGAUCCAAAUACCUGCUGGUGAAAGAGGCCAAGAUCAUCGCCAUGACCUGCACACACGCCGCCCUCAAACGCCACGACCUGGUGGAGCUGGGCUUCAAGUAUGAUAAUAUCCUGAUGGAGGAGGCAGCUCAGAUCCUGGAGAUUGAGACCUUCAUCCCACUACUGCUACAGAAUCCAGAGGACGGCUACAGUCGACUCAAACGCUGGAUUAUGAUUGGUGAUCAUCAUCAGUUGCCUCCUGUCAUUAAGAACAUGGCCUUUCAGAAAUAUUCAAACAUGGAGCAGUCACUUUUUACUCGCUUUGUGCGUCUGGGUGUCCCUACUGUAGACUUGGACGCCCAGGGCAGAGCACGGGCCAGGUCAGUGGAAAGAUGCUUUUAAUACGUGCCCAUGUGA